AUGAGCUGUUCACCAGAACAAGUGGGCAUCAAGGAUCCUGGACCAGACCCCAACCGGAAACGCACGUUUAACGAUGAUUCCAAAGAGCUAAAUGGCGUCGAAAUCAAGCGCAGAACUGUCAAAGACGAAGAACAUUCGCUACCGCCAGUUUCAGCCGCUGUAAAAGCAACACCAAAUGCGACUGCAAUCAAUCCUGGGCAAAAACAUGGUGUCAACAGCAGCGCCGAUAAAAGUGACUCCAGUGAAGCAAAAGUGGGCAUCACAGGACCCACAGGUCAUCGACCCGUGACUUCCUGUACGCAUUGUAGACAACACAAGAUCAAAUGUAAUGCCAGCGAGAAAUUUCCGAACCCGUGUUCUCGAUGUGAGAGAAUGGGACUGAAGUGCGAGAUUGAUCCACGGUUUAGGCCGAAGAAAGGAUCGCAACUUCAAAGUUUACGCAGCGAUGUGGAAGAGUUAAAAUUGAAAGUGAAGUGUCUGGCGUACAACGAACGGCUUAUCGCCUACGCCUUAGGAAAAAGUGAGUGGGGCCGAGACCUUUUGCAGCGUGUCAAAAACGCCUCACAAUCUGCCGGCAAAACUGGAGACAGCGUCUUGAAGAAUGAUUCAUCUCCUCAAAUAGCGGCCAGUUCCUGCUCAGCUGGGGAACCCACGGUCAUUCAAUCGGCUGGUCCGAAUGCUUCCAACCAAGUGGAGCCCCCGACAGGCGAAGGGCUACAUAGAGCUCAUAUCAGCGUUGAUCCUGCUGUGCUCAACGAUAAAUCCCUUCCAAGGGUUUUAAGAAUCGCCCUCAAGAGACGUGCAUCCAAAUAUACCCCUUCUCCUGCUAACUCAACGGAUGCUACAAGUCCGGCGCUGACUCCUGACAAUAAUGGUACGGAAAUCCCAUUGAAAGGAAGAGAGCAUGUUGUGGCCACAACAAGCGCUAUGCAGCCUUUACCGUCGCCACAGGCCAGUGUUGACGAAUUCAUACUGGGCGAUGUCAAAAUAUCUCUUGAAAAGGCAAACGAGUUGCAUCGAGUUUUCGUCGAAUCAUUUUUGCCAUACUUCCCGAUAAUGUACUCUAAUACAGCUUUAGAGCUGUAUUCACAGUCUCAUUUACUGUUUUGGACCGUGAUGCUCACGGCAUGUCUAUCAGAGCCCGAACCUUCGCUUUAUAAUCGGUUGGCAUCAUUAAUCAAGCAAUUAGCAAUCGAAACCUGUUGGAUACGGACGCCGCGGUCAACUCAUAUAUCACAAGCGUUAUUGAUACUCUGCACUUGGCCUUUACCGAAUCAAAAAGUUCUAGACGACUGUUCUUAUCGAUUCGUGGGACUUGCAAAAUCGCUUUCUUUUCAACUGGGUCUGCAUCGAGGUAAAUUUAUGUCAGAGUUUACAAGGACUCAAACAUCGAUGCCCAAUGCAGAGAAGUGGCGUACGCGCACAUGGCUAGGCAUUUUCUUUGCUGAACAAUGCUGGGCCAGUAUUCUAGGUCUACCACCCACUUCCCAAAAUGAUCAUUUGAUUGAACUAGCCCGUCUCCGGGAGGAUGAAAGUGCAGUGCCUAGCAGAUUUAGGCAAUUGAUAUGCCUGGCUAACUUCCAGUCCACACUGUGUGAAACAAUGGGCUCGAGUGUAACGACGCCCGACGGCUUGCUAGACGCACAAGAGAGGGGCGGUGCGCUAGAGUCACUAAGAGUAGAACUGGCAAGAUUACAAGCAAAAUUGAAGUUCGAACAAGACACUGUGAUUGAAAUGUAUUUUCUCUACGUUAAACUCAUGAUUUGCUGCUUCGCCUUCCUUCCAGGCACCCCAGCGGAGCAUCAAAAAAAGUAUGUCGAUGACGCCUACUUGAGUGCAACAAAGGUGGUUACUCUUCUUGUAAAACUUUUAGAGACCACCAAUUUGAUUCAGCUUCCAAUCUAUGUCCGCCAAAGCGUCACAUAUUCAGCUUUGAUUCUGUUCAAGCUUCAAUCAACACCAUGGAUGCCGGAAAAAUUCGUGGACUCUGCUCGUCAAUCAGUCGUAACGGUGCACCGGCUGUACAGGAAUCAGCUCACGGCAUGGACUGCCAGUGUGGAGAAUGACAUAUCAAGGACAGCUAGCGUGCUUGAAAAAUUGAACUUCGUACUCAUCACACAACCGGAAAUAUUUAUGGAGAGCAAGGGAAUCAUCACUCGCAUGAGAUCUCAUUUGACUGGUACCUUGUUUUAUGAUCUUGUAUGGUGCAUUCACGAGGCUCGCAGGCGCCAGGCAGACCCAAAUUAUAAAAAAGAAGACAAAGAUCAAGAUCAGACAGGAACUGAAGCAGAAUCAAAACGAACUGAAGGAAAGGAUGGUCAGAGUUACAGGAAAAGAUUGUGUCCUUUACCAUUUUAUGAUCAAAUUUACAAAGAAGAUUUCGAAACCAUUACACAGACAACUCCCGGGGGUACUACUGUCACCACCUUAAUUCCGACGCAAACAGCGAUUCAAGAGGCAAAACGAUUGGCUAAUAGUCAAGGGGGCAAAAAGGGCCCUAUCAAGUACAUCAAUGGAAUUCCAAUUUCAGUUUUAGAAGAAACCGGAAGCAUGAAUUCAGACGCCGCGCAUUGGGUGGGAGAUGAAUCUUUAAAUGUUGCUGCACCCAUACGUCCUGUCACGCCCAGUAGCGUAAUCAAAACGAGUGCCACUGCAGAAGAUAUAUACCCGAAAUCCCCAUCUCUUUUUGCGCAGUCGAUGCAACGGUCGGCCAGCACUCCUGUCGCGGCAGAAAUACUAGGUCGCGGCCGAAUUCCCACAAGCACGUCUCCACCUCCGGUUCUAGAAACUACACACUCGUUAUUUGCUGUGAACAAUUCAAAUGUACCUAAUGCCAACGCACAAAGCUUAUCGCUUGGGAGACAGGUAAUACCGGAAUUUAUCGCACCCGCUUCUCCGUUGCUGACCUCGAACUCUUAUUCAAGUCUGAACGUGUUUUUGAGUGCGGAAAAUAAUAUGAAUAACGGCACUAAUUCUGGCAGCCUUUCGCAAGGGCUGAACAAGCAAUCGUCAGAGCUUAAUACAUUUUUCCAAACGCAGAGCGCUGGCUGGAUGGAGCAAAAUUCGGCCAACGAUGAUGACAUUUUGGGUUGGUUCGAUAUAAACAUGGCGCCUGAAUUUUAA